CCUCGGUGUGGGCGGGCCGAUCACAGGCGGAAACCGGGUGCAGCGAAGGACUCAUGUUGUCCUUGCUCGUUUGAUUUAGCAGUAACGUGGAUUAAAAACUUAUAUUUUGGUGGAUGUAGGUCAUUUUUUUCUUGUCACCUGAUUUGACUUAGAAAGACAGUCCAUCAUGCCUCUUCUUAAAUACUCCCACAAAGUCUGGGAAGCCAUGAAGCUAAAGGAGGGCAUCUACACUCGUCUCCCCAAACACUACCUCAAGUCUCUUGAGUCGAAGGAGCCCACCCCUGUCCACUGGAGACCCCUGGGAGUCCAGUACCGAGCCAACCCGAAGACCGGGCAGAAGGAACGAGUGCAGGAUGUCCCAAUCCCCAUCUACUACCCUCCAGAGUCCCAGAACGGUCUGUGGGGUGGAGAGGGAUGGAUAAGAGGCUACAGAUAUGCCAAAAAUGACAAAAUGUCCACACGUCUGAGGAAGGUCUGGAAACCGCAGCUGUUUAAAAGACAACUGUACAGUGAAAUCCUCGAUCACAAGUUCACCAUCUCCGUCACAGCCCGAACUCUGGACCUCAUUGAUGCCGUCUAUGGCUUUGACUUUUACAUUCUCAAAACACCGAAGGAAGACCUGAACUCCAAGCUGGGCAUGGACCUGAAGAGGGCCAUGUUGCUUCGCCUGGCACGCAGAAACUCAGAGCUUUACCCCAACGACCCUGUCAAGAGAGAGAAGGUCUACAACAAAUACAAGCAGUUUGAGAUUCCAGAGGAGGAGGCAGAGUGGGUCGGUCUGAGUCUGGAGGAGGCUAUGGAGAAACAAAGGCAGCUGGAGCACAAGGAGCCUGAGCCUCUGUUUAAGGUCUGUGUGGACCAGCUGGUGGAAGAGCUGAAUGCCCAAAAACUCACAGAGCCACACGUCAUGGAGAAGAAGUGACCACACACAACCAUCUAAGUGGGACAGAUGCAGCUUUUCAGACUGAAAAAUUGAGUAGGUUGAACUGUCAAGCUUCUCCAGAUGGUGGUGGGAUUUUGAGUCACCAAGUUUCUGCUUCUGAAACAUCUUUCGUACUGAGUGCACACCUGGGAGAACUUCCUGCAGUUUCCACCUUUGUUUCCAUCUGAGAGUGACACAGAGGACGAGGUCAUGUUGGAUUAAUGCUUAUUUAUUUCAGUUCUCUUUUUCCCUUGCAUUUAAGACCCAUGCAUGAGGCAUUUAGGAAAUAAGGGAAAAGCCUCCAUCAGUGUAAAUACCCUCCAACCAGCUGAGAUAUAAGGUUCUUGUGUGGGAUAUCCAAAAAUAAAAUAAUCCCUACUUUCUUUAA